AUGGCCUGGGAUGCGGUGGAAACACUUCUCGACCCAAGGCGCCGUCGAGAACUGAGUGGGCGCAAAGGGGGACAACACCUGCGGGGCUGGGAGGCCGGGGUGGGGCCGGCGGGGGCAGCGGGCGUCCGGCGCCUGGAGUCAGGCCCGGCAGAUCGUUCUGGCCCCCAGUUAGACAUCGAUAUGCUGGUUUCACUUUUGAGGCUAGAAAAUGCAAGAGACGUUUGUGUGAUUAAGGUUCCUCCAGAAGUGAAACAUACAGAUUCCUCUGUGACUGAGAGUGGAACUUGCUGCACGAGACGCUCACAUGCCAUCGCCGACCACGUGGUGAAAAUAAAAUACCCGAGACGUAAAAGUGGACCUCCUGUUAAGACAGAAAGGAAGGAUGAUGAUGACUGGCUCUGUGUGGACUUUGGCAGCAUGGUGAUUCACUGGAUGCCUCCAGAAAGAGAAACCUGUGAAUUAGAGAAAUCAGGGACCCUACCUUCUUAUGAUGACCACUUAGCUCAGAUAGCCCUUGAGACGUUACCUGAAGACUUCAUUCUUGGGAUGGAAGAUGACACUUCAUCCCUGACUCCAGUGGAGUUCAAAUGUGAAUAA